AUGGCUGAGAAAACAUUUGUAGGAGAAAUAGAGAAAGCCUUAGAGAAAACCAAAGGCCUCGGCAUGAAUGAACUUCUCUUUUCCUAUCGAGGCACACUCUACCCAUCCACCGUGUGCAGUGCGGAAACAUUUCAAGCCUUGGAGGCAUUUGAAAGCAGAAUAGACGAUAUGGUGUUGGUGUCCUAUCCGAAAUGCAGGAUUCAUUGGCUCAUUCAGAUUGUAAAUGAUUUAAUAGCCACAACUUCGAAAACUAAGGCUGAGAACACAGAAUUGCCAUUUCUUGAGUGUGGCGAUCCAGAGAAGUAUGAGAGGAUGAAAAAGUUACCAUCUCCACGGAUUGUGGCUACGCACCUCCAUUAUAACCAUCUUCCCAAGACCAUCUUUAAAAAUAAAGCUAAGGUGUUGGUGCUCUUUCGAAAUCCUAAAGAUACAGCUGCAUCAUUUUUCCAGUUCCAUAACAAUGUUCCUAGCAUUCCCAGUUACAACUCUUGGGAGGAGUUUUUUCAACAGUUUAUGAAUGGGCAAGUUGGCUGAGGAUCCUAUUUUGACCAAGCAGUUACCUGGAACCAACACAUAGAUGAUGAAAAUGUUCUGAUUCUGACCUAUGAAGAAUUAAAACAGGAUUUGGUUUCUGGAGUAAAGCAAAUGGCAGAAUUCUUUGGUUUCAUGGCUACUGCGGAGCAAAUCCAGGCAAUUGCAGACAGGGCUUUCUUUGAGGCAAUGCGGGAGAGAUCACAGGAGACACAUGGUGCUGUUGGUCCACUUCUCUUUCGAAAAGGAGCCAUAGGAGAUUGGAAGGACCUUUUCAAUGACGAACAGAACAAAGAAAUGGAUGCAAAAUUUAAGGAAUGUUUAACAGGAACGAAGUUAGGAGUAAAACUGAAAUACGAUAUGUACUGCAAAGCCUGAAAAUGUUUCCUGUGAUAAAGCCUGUUUUGCAAAAGUUUUCUUUGCUUUCUGAAAG